UCAUCGGAAAAGUUAUAUAAAUUCUAUUUACAAACUUUGAAUUACGCAUAAAAUAUUUUACUGGCGAAAUACGACGAUUUCGGUUCCGUUCCGUUCGUAUCGCAUUUUCGGUUACGAGUUUUAAAGAUGGCGGCCUACGUGAUAAAAUCCAGAAAUGUCGUUUCUAGAAUAUCUCAAGCGACUAGAAUAUGUAAAAGGCGAUAUUGUCAGAAGAAAAAUUAUCCUGUAAUUACGACUCAUUAUACAAUUAAACCUAGAGAAAAGGACGAACGAUGGAAAGAUGUCGACAUGAGUAGAGUCUCGGACGAAAGCGAUGUGGUCGUCGUCGGUGGAGGACCGGCCGGAAUGUCUGCCGCCAUUCGCCUAAAACAACUAGCUAAUGAGAAAGGAAAAGAGUUAAGAGUUUGUUUGGUUGAUAAAUCACCAGAAAUUGGUAAUUAUAUUAAUAAAAUAAAAUUACAAGACUUGAUACCUGAUGAUCUUGGGGCACCAUUAUAUACACCCGUUACUAAAGAUAAAUUUUAUAUUCUCACUGAAAAAGGAAGUUUUCCAGUACCAAUAUUUAAAGGUUUGCCUAUGCAUAAUGAAGGAAAUUACAUUGUUAGAUUGGGAAAUGUGGUUCGGUGGCUCGGAGAGCAAGCCGAAGAACUCGGGGUCGAAAUCUAUCCCGGAUACGGGGCUAGUGAGAUUCUUUAUCACGAAGACGGUAGUGUAAAAGGUAUUGCAACAAAUGACGUAGGAGUUGCUAAAGACGGUUCGCCCAAAGAUAAUUUUGAACGAGGUAUGGAAUUACAUGCAAAGUGCACCAUUUUUGCUGAAGGAUGCCACGGUCAUUUGUCGAAACAGUUGUUUAAGACAUUUAACCUUCGAGAGAAAUGUGAACCUCAAACUUACGGAAUAGGAUUUAAAGAAAUAUGGGAAAUUGAUCCGUCGCAACAUCAUCCGGGACAGGUGAUGCACACAGUUGGAUGGCCGUUGGAUUAUAAAACUUAUGGUGGAUCGUUUCUGUAUCAUCUGGGCGAAGGACAGCCUUUGAUUGCUGUAGGAUUUGUCGUUGGGUUAGAUUAUGAAAAUCCAUACUUAAAUCCGUUUAAAGAAUUUCAACGUUUUAAAUUACAUCCCAGUAUAAGAAAGACUUUUGAGGGUGGGAAAAGAAUUGCAUACGGUGCAAGAGCAUUGAACGAAGGCGGUUUUCAGUGUAUUCCAAAAUUAACAUUUCCUGGAGGUUGCCUGAUAGGCUGCAGUGCCGGUUUCAUGAACGUGCCUAAAGUUAAAGGAACACAUAAUGCAAUGAAGAGUGCCAUUGUUGCAGCUGAAAGUAUUUUUGAUACUUUGUUUGACGAAAAUUAUAAAUCGCCUACAACAGGAAUAGAACCUAUUCAUUACGAAGAACGUCUUAAAAAUAGUUGGGUUUGGAAAGAAUUGAAAUCCGUUAGGAAUAUUCGACCUUCUUUUCACGGUCCUCUUGGCAUUUAUGGUGGACUUUUUUAUACGGGGCUAUUUUACGUAUUGGGAAGAGGAAAGGAACCUUGGACAUUGAGUCAUAAAGGUGCCGACGCGGGAAAAUUAAAACCCGCCUCUGAAUGCAAACCCAUUGCCUAUCCCAAGCCAGAUAAUGUAAUUACUUUCGACCUGUUGACAUCAGUGGCACUGACUAACACCAAUCACGAAGAAAAUCAACCUCCGCAUUUGACACUCAGGGACGACACGAUACCGGUAGAUCGCAAUUUGAAAGUGUUUGACGGUCCAGAACAGAGAUUCUGUCCUGCAGGCGUAUACGAAUUUGUUCCAUUGGAAGACGGAAAAACUACAAGACUGCAGAUCAAUGCCCAGAACUGUAUUCAUUGUAAAACCUGUGAUAUAAAAGAUCCCAGUCAAAAUAUUAAUUGGGUCACGCCGGAGAGUGGAGGAGGACCCUCUUAUAACGGAAUGUAAAUAAAACCGAGGUAUCGUUAUAACAAAUGGAAGAGACGAGUCCGAAGUAUCUUUACUCGCAACGAAGAUAAUACAAGAAUUCGUUUCUAGUAUUUUGUGUCUAAACAAACGAGUAUUGUUAAAUUUUGCGGUCGUUUUUUAGACAAUAAUUUUGUUGUUUUUUAAAACAAAACUAUUUUUAUACUUGUUUUUUUGUAUUAAAAAAUGGGCGAAUAAUAAUUUUGUAUUGUUAAAUUCCAAAAUGCAUUGGAUUAUUCUUUCCCUUCUUUUGUUUUGUAAAUCAAAAGCUUAAUUGUUACGUGCAAUGCACAAAUGUAUAUUAAAUUGUAUAAUGUAUAUAACCCUUUCGUGUGUGUAUAUAUAUAUAACAUUUAAAAUUGAGAAAUCGAAUAAAUAUUUUAUA